AUGGGAACACUCCUUAAUAACUCACUCUCUGUCUUUCAGGCUAUAGAAACCAACCUGAUAAGGAAGUCGAGCAGCGGGCUGACCUACAUAGCGGAGUGGAAGGGGGGUCUGCUGGAGCACAAGAUGGGUCACCUGACCUGUUUCGCGGGCGGUAUGAUCGCUCUUGGUGCUGAUGGAGCGCCCAGCGACAAGACGGGGCACCAGAUGGAGCAGGCCGCCGAGAUCGCCCGGACCUGUCACGAGUCUUACGCCAGGACCGCUUUGAAGCUGGGACCAGAAGCGUUCCGGUUCGACGGCGGCGUUGAGGCCAUCGCCACACGGCAGAACGAGAAAUACUUCAUCCUCCGCCCCGAGGUCAUAGAGACCUACCUGUACAUGUGGAGGUUCACCCACGACCCCAAGUACAGGGAGUGGGGCUGGGAGGCUGUGCAGGCCUUGGAGCAGCACUGUAAAGUAGAAGGAGGCUACAGCGGCGUCAGAGAUGUCUACGCCUCAACUCCCAACCACGACGACGUGCAGCAAAGCUUCUACUUGGCUGAGACACUCAAGUAUCUCUACCUGCUCUUCUCCGACGACGACCACCUGCCGUUCGACCACUGGGUCUUCAACACCGAGGCGCACCCUCUGCCCGUGAUCCAGAAGGACAAAACAGACCUCCCCAACGAGGUGGAGUAGUGGACCCGUCCUGCGCUGACGCCCCAAAUCAAGUGCGAGAACCUGUGAUCCUGUGCACCUGAGCCUCCAGCUGUCUGAAAUCACUUCGGCCAUUUGGCGUCCCCAAUGGAACCACGUGCCUCUUGAUCGGGAUUUGUUUUAACGGGAUCCAAAACAGAAAGCAGUCCCGUUGGCACGGACUUCAUACUGUAGAAUCUGGUUUUUUUUUUUUUUUUUUGCAUCUUGUCGGCGCCGA